GACCGCGGCCGCUGCGGCGGUGGCCCAACGGACGGCCGCGGCGGCGCACGUACGGCAACGGCACCGGUUCGACUUUGGCGGCAAUUACACGGACGAAUACACCGGAAGCGACAACUGUUCCGCGUUCGCCGCGUCCCCGUCGUCCGUGUUCAACAACGUCACCGGAUGCUACGAGGAGCCCGCCGUCGUCGUCAUCGUGAAAAACUAUUGGGCGCUCGGGCUGGUCGUGUUCCCAAUACUCACGCUGUUCGGCAACAUGCUGGUCAUAAUCAGCGUGUGCCGGGAACGGGCCCUGCAGUCCGUCACCAAUUACUUUAUCGUCAGCCUGGCGCUGGCCGACUUGCUGGUCGCCCUCGUGGUCAUGCCGUUCGCCGUCUACGUGCUGGUGAAUGGGAAAUGGGGCUUGCCCCCGUUUGUUUGCGAUUUCUACAUAGCAAUGGACGUGAUUUGUAGUACAUCGUCCAUAUUCAAUUUGGUGGCAAUCAGUAUAGACAGGUACAUUGCGGUCACGCAGCCAAUAAAAUACGCAAAGCACAAAAACAAUCGACGAGUGUGGCUGACAAUCGUACUGGUGUGGGCAAUCAGCGCGGCAAUUGGCAGUCCCAUUGUGCUGGGGCUGAACAACACGCCAGACCGGGAGCCGGACCUCUGUGUUUUUUACAACUCGAAUUUCGUCAUUUACUCGUCCCUCUCCUCGUUCUACAUACCGUGCAUCAUAAUGGUAUUUCUCUAUUGGAACAUAUUCAAGGCAUUAAAUCUCAGAGCGAGAAAAGCUAAGGCGGCAAGAAGACCGCAGCUGAGCAGAGACAUGAAACCAGGUAUAAUCAUCGAAAAUGUUGCACAGACCAGAAGACGUCUAGCCGAGACUACGUUGCUGGCUACAGCCUCAUUAGCACCCGGAAGUUCAUCUAUUAUUGAUGAAGGGCCGACCAACACAGGAAGCGGAAGUCAGGACGACGAAGAAGAGGGUGGAUCACCCGGCUCAGAUGACUGCCACAUCAUACAUAACGACAAAUCUACAGAUUUUAUCCUGUCCACGGUUAUGGAAGAAACCGCGAUGGUGGCAACAUUGGCCACACCAUCAAAUCUAACUGCCGACCCAAAUGGAAACUUGGGUUCCAGACUACGGGAUAUCGAUCUUGUAACAAGGGUCUUGAAUCCUAACCAAACAGUCAGUUCCAUUAGUGACAAGAUCAGUGAUAAGGUACCAGGGAAACGCAGAGAUUCAUCGGUAACGUCGUCACCAAUUACGAUGACCACGUCGUCGUCGACAACAUUAAUGACAACGGUCACGGUAACGGAGGCCACCUCAACGCCUAUACCACAGCCGAUAGACCGGUCAAGUCGAGUAACACAGUCACUGGUGAAACGUUCAUUGUCGUCGAUGCUCCGGAACGGUUCCGAGGAGGACAGUUCAAGGUGUUCAAAAAAAGAGUAUAAGACGAACACAGAAGGGAGUAGUCGCUUCACCAUAUACAAAGUAAAUAAAGCGAGCCGGAAGAAACGGGAAAAGUCUUCGGCAAGAAAAGAAAGAAAAGCUACAAAAACUUUGGCAAUUGUUUUGGGUGAGUCAUUAAUAUUAUAA